GGCAUGUACCUCAUAGGGAGGAUCCUGCUGUUCGGCAUUUUUAUAGGUUGUUUUCUCCGGACGGUAGGUGAUCAGCAUGUUUUCUCCUUGCCGGGGAAGAUGACCGCGGUGAAGGAUUCUUGUGUGGUGAUCCCUUGCACGUAUUCCAGCGUAAAUUCCAAAGAUGAAGUAAUCUGGUAUCAAUACAGACCACCAAAUCACAUCGAGAUCUACAAUAGCCAGAAUCCGCGCAAGGCGCACAAGUCAUUCCAAGGACGUACUGCUUUGGUGGGGGAUUUGGCCAAAGGAAACUGCUCCUUGAAAAUUGAGAAGAUUGCCUUGUCAGACAGCAAUAUGUACUUCCCUUGGAUUAGUUCUGGGAAGGACACCAACUCUUCUGUCUUACCAAAUACCAAUAUUUUAAUCCAAGUAUUGACUAAGGCCAAAGGAGAGGUGAAACUUACUCCUGAACAAGUCACCGAAGGAGAUGCUAUUUCGAUUACCUGUUCGGUCAAACAUACAUGUCCUUCAAGUCAUCCAACAUUCAAGUGGGACGUAAAUGGUGAUAUAAGAAGAAAGCAUGAAGCCUUGACACAUGGAGAAUGGAGGACCUCUUCAGUGCUAACCUACUCUCCAACAUCCGAAGACGACGGAAAAAGUUUCACGUGCACUACUGGACCUUACAAAAAUACAUUUAAAUCCGCCAUUCUGAUUGUAAUGUAUGCCCCCAAAAUGGCUGCUGUCAACGGCAGCCACGAAAAUGGUCAAGUACAGCACGGGGAGGACGUAACUCUUGAAUGCGUUAGCACCAGUAACCCCCCAGUACUGUGGUACACGUGGUAUAAGGACAACCAGUUGAUUGUGAAUCUCACAGAUCCAAAUCUUGUUGUAGAGGGAAUGUCAGAGGCAAAAUCCGGGUUUUAUCAUUGCGAGGCUUCUAAUCACCUUGGAAAAGCGGAAUCGGAGCCCGUGUCUGUAAACUGUGUUGGCUGUCCAUCUGUGCUUCCCUUCAUCUUGGGAGGCGUUAUUGGAGCCUCCGUCCUUAUCUCUGCAGUGAUUGCAACCACUAUCAUGAUACUGAAGAAGUCAAAAAAUACCAGCCCUCCAGUUACCGAAGAUAAAUCACAGAAAAGCUGUUCUAACGUGUACAUGAAUGUACAGUUUUCAGGUAACUCAGUGUCGUUGGAGAACCCGUACACAUCGCUCCAGAAUCACUCCAGAUGUCCUGACUAUGAUGAGAUUCGGUUAGAGAAAUCUGGCGAGAGUCCGACGUUACAAACGAGUCCCGAAUACGAAGAAAUCUUCCCGAAUCAAGCAUCGAGCGUCUGUGGGGCAGAUGACGACCUCAGCGCCUGGAAUUUCAGCAAAUAAAGAACGUCUGUUGUAGGGAUGAGAACUAUUUGGGUCGGAAAAAGAAGAAAUAUAUAUAUAUCAGAAAAAAAUUUAGCUGGAAAAGACCUAGUUUUUUCUCCUUUUUGGACUAUAAGGACAUUUUCUAGUUAUCCGCAAAAUGAAUUUAUCAAUCACAA